UAAAUGAAACAGACCAGUCAAAAGAAAUAGACAACAAUCGACGAGCUCGACAACGACGACAACAAAGAGCAACCGAGCGGAACCAUUAAGAUAAUGGCCACCCAGCCUGGUUCCAUGGGACCCACGCCACCUCCCCUCCCAUCGUCUUCUUCGUCAACCUCUUCAAGUGGGACAUCUGGCUCCACAGGAGGAGGGGGAGGCCCUCCACCUCCAGCCCCACAAAGAGCCCCCACCACCACGGCCACCUUCAGGAUGAACACAAACGUCAAUGGUGUGCCUAUGGUGGGUCCGGAAGUGCACCGAAUGGAGCGACAUCCUCCCAUGAAUGGGCCAACGCAGUUGACGGACGAUAUGUCGCCAAUGCCCCCUCCGGCCCAAUUCAUGCCGCUUAAUGAGCUGGGCGCACCUUCGUUGGGGAAUCCGGGCGGGCGGGCCGUGGUGUGCAAGAUGCCUAAUUGUCAUGUUCAGGGUUUUCAUCCCCCUCCCCCGAUGUCGCCCAUCAGUGAGAGCCCUUCCACCCAAAGUAUUCAAACCAACCAAGAAGACAGUCCGUCGCCCACUGUGGGUUUUAAUUCCAAUUGUCAGCAAUGCAUUGCCGAGCGAGCAGCUGCAGUUGAGGCCACUUCGGGUUGCAACAGUCGGUCCGGCCAUUACGUACCUGCUUCCUCAGCCUCGUCUUUCACGAAACACGACAUGUCAGAGACCGAGGGUAAUGGCCAUCACAGCUCCUCCAUGGGUCACGCCAACGUAAAAGCCUCUAAUCAUUGUCCGAGUAGUGCGAGCAUCGGUGAUGAUCCCUUUCGAGACGUGGAAGAAACUCGAGGACGACGACUAAGUGAUCCUGGUCCUCCAGCUCGGACUUACGAGUGCGAAGUGUGGUUUCGAGAGACAUCAAGAUUGAUUGCCGGCUGCUUGGGCAUUUGUUGUCUAGCCAUUGGAUAUGCAGCCGUGGGCGGUUUCCUGUUCAUGGCCAUUGAAACGAGGGCAGCCCAAACUCUGUCACCCGCCUCGGGAAUGCAGCGCCCAAGUACGACGACCAAGGAUGAUGACAUCAUUAUUGAAACUCCAACUGUGAUGAACAUCACUGCGGCCAUGUGGGAGAUGCCAAAAGAGGCGAAGGCCAAUCUGGACAAGGCUCGCUUUGAAACUGUGGCCAAAUUAUGGCAAGUGACAGAGCAAAUGAACAUUCUCUAUCCUGACAACUGGACGCGUCAGGCGGCCGAAGAGAUCCUCUGGUUCCAGGAUCAAUUAAUGAAAGUCUUCACUCAAGAAUUCCAUUUGCUCCGCACCCAGGCCCUUCAACAGAAGGGCCAAGAGCAAUCAUCCAUGGAAGAAAAUCAUUACAAGGAAGGAGAUCCAAUGGAUCAUCACCGCCACCAGGUUCCCAAGCGGAGGAAAGAAUGGUCAUUCUCGCGAGGACUUCUCUACGCCGUAUCAUUGCUCACCACAGUUGGGUCGGAUGCGGAUUGGCCAGUGUCGCCACUGUCGAGGAUCCUCACCGUGAUCUACCUCAUUAUCGGUGCCCCAAUCAUGUACCUUUAUCUGACUUCCACUGGCAGCUUGUUUAGUCGUGCCAUCUACUUUGCCUUGUUCCACCUCAGUUGUGGGAGAAAUGGACGGAAUCAAUUCCGGAAGAGUCUUCGUCCUCGGGCCAACCGCAACGAUAAGAUCAAGCGGUCACUCUCACAAACCCCAUUCUACAACAACAAGAGUGGCUCGAGUCAGGUCAGCCAUGAAAAAAUGGCCAUGGUCAACCCCUCGUCCUCGGGCAACUCUGGCAAUGGAGGCGCCGGAGGCUCAUCCAACACUCGGAGGAGCACUUGGCAGACUAAAGGGGGUGCGGGUGGCUCCGGAAAUCCCCAUGGCAGUGCGAGUGUGAUUGUGGCAAACGGCAGCAUAAACACCCUGAGCACCAUAGCAGCCGAGGAUGAGCUCAACCGUCGGCCCAACAUCGCUCUGCCCAUCUUUGGCUGUGUGGGUCUGCUUGUGAUAUACGUGGCUUGUGGUGCGGCAGUGAUGGCCGACACCCAGAACUGGCGAUAUGGGGAAGGGAUCUACUUCUGCUUUGUGUCGCUUUUUACCGUGGGCUUCGGAGGACUCCGACCCGAUGACCCAAAUCUGUGGUACUGUGUUCUCUACAUCUUUUUUGGCCUUGCUCUCAUCUCAACCUGUGCGCAUAUCGUGAAGCAGCAAGUUUUUGAUGAGCUUCGUCGCUACCGGACCAUCAAGAUGAGACACCGCUCGGUUCUGGAAUCAUUUGAGACCCUGAGCAAGGGUCGAAGCAGCGAUGGAGGACCAGGAAAUGGCAAUGGCAGUAGUGGAGGUGUUUCUAGGGGAGCGGGAGGCAGCACGAGCAGUGCCCUAAAUCUGACUUGACACGCCGCAGAAGAGAUAAGCACCUCGACGGGUGGAUCUGUUCUGGGAAUGUCUCAGAGCCUCAUGUUGGCCAAGAAAAAGUUUCGCCCUUCUCAACUAAACUUGAGCGAGAAGAGCUGAAUGGGAUUAAGGUGUUGUUAAAUACCGCGCUCUUUUCCCGUGAGCCACAUUGGUUCAAAAUGCGAAGAGCCUCCGCUCGUUCCACGUCUCAGAUUUGGACACUCAGGAUCAGGUUGAUGAUGAUGAUGAUGAUGAUGGCAUUGGAUCUGUUUGGCUGGAGAGAAGAUCCUGUUCGUUGACUUAGCUAAAGAGAAUCCCAACAAACUUUUUGACAAAUAUGAAUCUUUUGGACUGGUUGAGCUCAAUCCACAGGCGAUGUCGCCGAUGACAUCAUUACCCUCGUCCUUUAAGUGGAUCUCAGCAAAGUUUUUUUUUCUACAAUCCAGGUGUAUGUGUGCAAUAAUCCCUUUAGUGUCAUCCAAGGACGCGGCUCUCAAUGGGUUUGAACGUCCCUUGGGUCAAAUUUCCACUUGAAGAGAGAUAGACGGCAAAACUGUUCCGGGAAGAUGGACCCAUCUGAGAGCGAUGCUUAUCCUCUUCCCCCAUCCAACACAUGCGAUCUCAAGCAAGCAAUUCGAGACUUUAAGACACCAAAACAUCGUGCGCGUCAUCAAAAUCGUAUUCAAGAAAUGAAACCAGACGAAACCAAGAAUCAGCUUUUGUGAGAGGAGCUGUCCUUAAUCAUUGCAAUUCACGAGUUGACUUGGCAUCACUGGGACCGGGUGAAAACCAAUCAGGAUGAGUGAUGAGAUUGUGAGUUACGUAUGUCAAAGGGAGCCCGGUUGUUGUCGGUCUUCAACCUUGGACCUUGUUACCAUCGAUGGGCAAUGCAUUCUUGUCUGAAGUAAUCUCAUUCCGAUUGAAUAGCGCCACUCACUAUGAAUGCAUGGCCUUCGUUCCCUUUCUCUUGAAAUGGGCGUGAAAAACGUUUCAUCACGUAUUACGGAAUCCAAUCGGAUUGGUUGGCAGUUUCAGGUGUGGAGCUAGUUCCAAAGUUGACAUUUCGGCCCCGCUUAUGCAUUUCCCUGUCAAACUAUGUGACCUCAUUUGAGAUUCCGCUUGAGCUACACAGCCUUCUUAUGCCUCUUACAACAGCUACAACUCAUAUUUGAUUGUCUCAGUCUUGAAAUCCCCCCCCCAAAAAAAGACCAGACCAAACACUUAAACACUUGUUCAGUGCGAGAAAUCAAGACUCUUGGAUGAACUUGAAAGGAAAGAGACCGAGAUGUAGCCGUAGAUUAGUGUAAGGCCUUUUGUGAUUCUCUCAAUCCCUUGUGUGAGUGUGCCAUAUUCAAAUGAUGACAUGAGGAAGAGAAAAGAGAAGGCCUUCUCGUGAGAGCGAGCAAGAGUGUGAUCCCUACAUCUUGCAUCUUUUCUGCUCUCUCUCUCUCCUCCCUAUUCUUUCACUCUUGCAUAUAACCUCUUCUCCGAGUCGACCGAAGUGGAACAAGGCUCUUGAUAUUGUAAUUGGAUUUGUUCGAACUGGCUUUUCUGCUUGAAUUUGGAAAGUGACAUGGAACAUUCUCAGACGCACGAUGUCAUUUUCACUUGAACAAUCCUCGACUACCUUGAGCGAGCACACCUGUCAAAAGUGUUCCCCGAACUAUUCUAGGAUGAAGAAGGAACAGAAUGUGAUGUUGUGGAACAGACACGAAUUGAUCAGCCAUGCUUCAUUCUAAUAUGCCAAUAUGUUCCAUGAGCAUUAAACAUACAGUAAUAUACAUAUAUAC